AUGAUUCGCAAACAAGCACGCCAAAGGCGUGAUUAUCUCUAUCGACGAGCCCUUUUACUUCGAGAUGCCGAAAUCAGUGAGAAGAGAGCUAAGCUGAGAGCCUCACUCGCUUCAGGAAAACCAUUGGACCCAGAAAUCGCCAACGAUAAAUCCUUGAGGAAAGAUUAUCAAUAUGAUGAAUCACGCGAUCUUACCACAAACGAGCAGCUGGACCUGGACGACGAGUAUGCGCAGCUGUCUGGCAUCGUCGACCCUCGAGUUCUCGUAACGACCUCUCGCGAUCCUUCGGCCAGGUUAUCAGCAUUCGCAAAGGAAAUCAGGCUUCUUCUACCAACUUCUAUUCGAAUGAACCGUGGUAAUCUCAUCUUGCCAGAUCUUGUCAAGUCUGCCCAGUCCGCAGGCCUGUCUGACAUGCUCCUACUUCACGAACAUCGCGGUACUCCCACGGCCUUGACAAUUUCCCAUUUACCUCACGGACCGACAGUCUCAUUCUCUCUGCACAACGUUGUUCUCCGCCACGAUAUCCCUGGUAGCAUUCGAGGAACCGUAUCAGAGGCAUACCCUCACCUGAUAUUUGACGGCUUUACAACUCGCUUGGGAGAGCGGGUUGUCAAGGUGCUGAAGCAUCUAUUCCCUCCCAGAGAGCCAAUUACUAGCAAGAAUAAGAUUGGCAAUCGAGUGGUCACAUUUAAGAACAUCGACGAUAGCAUCGAGGUCAGACAUCACGUUUUCGUACGGACGGGUUACGACAGCGUUGAGCUGUCCGAAGUCGGUCCCCGAAUGACAAUGAGAGUGUUUGAAAUUCGCGGAGGUACAUUGGAGAACAAAGAGGGUGACGUUGAGUGGCAUUUGUCGCAAUAUACUCGAACAUCUAGGAAGAAGAAUUAUCUCUGA